AUGAUACAGGGGGUAGUGGUAAAAAACCUUCUCAAAAUACCUUUUGAGCAAUUCAAGGCCAUCGAACCACUUGACCAUCGAAAUGUCCUCUCUUACUAUGACUAUUAUAGGGAUGACGACGACCAAUACGAGUAUAUAGUGAUGGAAUACCUACAAAAAGGAUCAUUGAAAGAUUUUAUUGUGGCGAAUCCUAAAUACUAUGAAAAUGAAUUAUGUUUGGACAAAGCAUUCAAAGAUAUACUGGAAGGAGUACAAUAUCUAAACAACAAGAAAAUCAUACACCGUGAUAUUAAACCAGGAAAUAUUUUAGUGACCGAUGAUUUUACUUUAAAGAUUGCAGAUUUUGGAAUGAGUAAAAAGUCAACAGAAGCUGAAAGAAGUGUAUCGACGUUGAAUGCGGGAACAGAGUUGUUUCGUGCACCUAUUGGAAUUCGUGCAUUUGGCACAAUACACAGAUUUAUGGAGUAUUGGUAUAACAAUGUUGUAUUUAAACAAUAUAUUCCAAAUAAAUACUUGGAACUAAUCGACAAAUGCCUUUCAUGUAGAUAUAGUAUAAAUUGGAUACUAUCACAACCACCAUUUACAUCUUCAGAAAAUACUUCUGAUCUCUUUUUGGAUAUAGAUCAAAUAUCUUUAAAAUCUAAAAAGGUUAUUGUAUCUAUUGAAAUUGGAUGGAGUUGGAGUAGUUAUGCAUUUAUAUUUUUGAAGGGUGCUGAACUGCAAAACGAUAUCAAUGAAUCGGACUGUUCAACAAACUGUCAGCAAUGUUUUAAAACAUUGACCACUAUAUCUCUCGAUAAAGAAGACAAAGUAGUGAAAUUUGGUUGUGAUGCCCUCAGUGAUCACGAUCAUGAUAAUGCCAUAUUUUCAAACUACAAAAUGGCCAUUUACGAUGAUGUGGCCGGAAGAAAGAUGGUAAAGGCUUCCAACAGUGAUAAAAAGGCGUCGGUGAACACUCUGCUCGUUCAGACUCUUCUCUAUUUUAAAAAAACAAGUAUGGCAAGCAUACACAAACAAGACAAAACUAUACAACCCGAUGACAUUCAAUGGGUGAUCCCGGUUCCAGCAAAUUGGGAUCUUUCCGCAAAGCUCAUUAUUAAAAAUUGUGCCAUCAAAGCUGGACUAUGUCCACCUAAUCAUGACAAUGGUCAUUCUGUUUUAAUAUGCAGUGAAUCAGAAGCCAAUUGUUACUAUGCAUUGAACAAAUGUCAAAUCCCAUAUAUUGGUGUACCCGAUAAAACAGUCCUACUCUUAAGUAAUUAUGAUAAUGAUUGUCAAUUACAUACACUUAAAGUCAAUGGAAAAAAUGGAUUGGUAGAGACUCUUCCAAUACCGACCAAUAUGGUUUCAACCAAUGUAGAACAAUCAUUUAAUUCAUUUUUAAAGGAUUUACUUGGUGUAUAUUCUGUCACUGAUGCAAUGGAUGAACAACAUUACAAAGAAUUAUUGAAACAAUUUAAUCAAUUUAUAGAUGAUAAGAAUCAAGUUGGUGAUACAGACCUUUUCCUACCAUUUUGUCCAAAGACCAUACUUGGUAUUGAAAGUGCCCCGUUUACAGAAAAGAGACCAAGUUUUCACAAACCAAUCGAACCAUCUUUACUCCUCCCAAUCUUGAUCGCUACCUCUAAAGGAAGUGUUUUAUUGGCGAUGAAUAGAGCUCGCAGUUUCAAAAAUAAUUGUAAUAAUAAUAAUAAUAAUACAAUCUAA